AUGUGUUAUUUUCUUUUAGAUAUUAUUCUAUUUAAUGAUAGACAUACAGGUAUAAAUAUAGCAGAUGCUAUUAAUAACGUUCUUUCUGAUUUUAAUAUUAAAGAUAACACUUUAGCACUUACAACAGAUAAUGAAUUUGCUAUGAUCGUUUGUAGAAGAUUAAUUGUACAAAAACUACAAUGUGAGUUUGACAAUAUUAGAUUCUCAUAUUAUCGCUGUGUAGCUCACAUACUCAACUUGACUACAAAACAAGAACUAGAAAUGAUCAAUUCUUCUGUAGAAAAAGUACAAAAUUUAAUGUUGAAAAUCAAAGUUUCUAUUCAUUUCAGUGAUGAUUUAUGCAGAUUAUACAAGCUUAAAAUAAUCACAUACCUUAAACCUGAGUUAGAUAUAGAAACGAGAUGGAAUAGCACGUAUUAUAUGUUACAAAAAAUGCAAAAAAUAGAAAAUACCCUUAAUUUACUUGCUGCAGAUUAUCCAUUAAUUCAUUCACUAUAUCCGAGUACUGAUGAACAGCAAAAGUUAAAAUAUUCAGAAUUUUUAGAUUCGUAUAUUGGGCAAGAAAAAUACUCUCAGAAUAUAGUUGCUGCACCAAUAUAUCAAAAGAUAGAGGAAUAUUGGAAUAUAAUGGAUAAACCUUCAAUUGUCUCUGCUGUUCUUGAUCCUUAUGCUAAAUUGAAAAUAUUCAACAAAAUUGUGAUCGUUAAUGUUAAGAGUGCAGUUCAAAAAUUAAUAAAUCAAUACGAAUAUCAACAAACUUCACCUAUCUCUAAUGAUACUAAAGAAAGCUCCAUUAAAACUGCCCGAAAGUUUUUUUAG